GAAGAAUCACAUCGGGUAUCAUUUUUUUCUGAGGAGAAACUGUUUAAUUUCUCUAUUUCCUCCACAGUAAUGCUUCACCUUUCUGUAUAUGGAUGCAUACAGAUAACAGAUCAUUGCAAAAUUUCAGGGAGGGAGGGAAGAAAAGAAAGGCUUGGAAGGAGUUCCCUUUAUUCUAAUAGGCAAUUUUCCUCUCUUUCUCUUCUUUAAGAUCUGAGCAUUCCAGUUCUUCAGAGUCAGCUUGCCCCAACAUGGCUAGCUGUGCAGACACUGAUCUGAGGAUCAUUCUGAUAGGAAAAACCGGAAAUGGAAAGAGUGUUUCAGCAAACACCAUCCUAGGGAGACCUGAAUUUGAGUCUAAGAUUUCUGCCCAUGCUGUUACCAAGACCUGCCAGAGAGCAACCAGGACAUGGAAGGGGAAAGAGCUGGUUGUAGUUGACACUCCUGGGUUCUUUGACACCAAGGAGACCCUGAGGACCACAUGUACAGAAGUCAGCCGCUGUGUCCUCUACUCCUUGCCUGGGCCUCAUGCCAUCAUCCUGGUCCUACAGCUGGGUCGCCACACUGAGGAGGAGGAGAAAACUGUUGCUCUGAUCAAGGGUAUUUUUGGGGAGGCAGCCAUGAGGUAUAUGAUAGUCUUGUUCACUCGCAAAGAUGACCUUGAGGACCGGAGCCUUGACAGCUUUGUUGAAGAAAAUAAAAAGCUAAAAGACUUCGUCGUGCAGUGUGGGAAUCGCUACGUUGCCUUCAAUAACAAAGCAGGUGAGGCCGAGCAAGAAACGCAAGUGCAGGAGCUGAUAGAGCUGAUAGAGAACAUGGUGGACAGAAACGGAGGGUCUUACUUUCAGGAGAAGAUCUACGAGGACACAGAUAACAGCCUCAACGACUAUCUAAACAAUCUGGAGGAAACUUAUGCUCAAGAAUUAAGUCUUGAAUUCCAAAGAAUAGAAAAGGAAUAUGCUAAUAAAUCAGAAAAAGAAAAGGAGGCAGAAAUUGAUUCUGCAAUGAGAAUUUACAAAGAAAAAAUUAAAAGUGGGAGGGAAGAAGCUAAAGAGAAUACAUUAAAGUAUAUUUUCCAGCAGAUAUUUAAAAUACUUUCCAAACUUUGGAACAAGUUGUGGUCGUGAUGCAAAUUUGAUUCUUUCUUAUUGAUGACCUUUGGUCUUUGACAAUUUUAUACAUGCAUGCAUAUGAUGUGUUCUGAUUGUAUGCGUGUCAUUAUGUGUUGGUAUCUUUUCUGCUUUGCGAUCCAUAGACUUUAACAAGGACCAUGUGUGUGACAACAAGUUUAGCACAAUCUGUCAGACAGUGUUGGCCUCACCGAGAGGAAUCCAAUGGAACACAGUGACUGUUCUUUCCCAGAGUCCAUCAGUAGUUGCUAGCUCAACAGGGUGGAGUAAGUUCCCAUGAGCUCCUCCAUCUAUCCAGUAGGUUGACAGACCCAUGGCUUCUGUGAGCCUUGUGAUUCCAAUGGCUGUUUCCUGAAUCUUAAAGGAAGUGGUAUACGUGUCCUGUUCAUGGCCAAACAGUGACUUAUCACUUGUUCU